CCCUUACACCCGGGCCAACCAUCUCUUCCCGUCUCACUUUUUCUCUCUUAUUAUUGGAAAACGGCAUCACCUGUCCAUUUACCUGUCCACUUACCUGUCCCAUCUUAUUCCCAGACCCACUUUUCCUCCUAAAUAGUGUGCGGGAGAGAGGUGAUAAAGGUGUAUUGAGGGUUGUGAACUUGUCCCAUCUCCACCCCUCUCAAAUUACCUGUCCCAUUUACCUUGUGUCUGAGGGAGGUGAUAGAGGUGUGUUAAGGGCAGUGAAGAAAGAGGUCUCCCAUCUGUCCCUUCAUACUCGUUCUGACCUCCUCACAUGACCCAUCACGUGACCUCGCCGCGGCCCAUAUGACCUCCUCCUCCCCCAUGGACAUGAUAGAGACAGCCCUCGACAGCAGUGGGGACAAGGACUGUGAGUGUGAGGACGACAAGGUGUCCCUGGCGCAGCGCCUCGCCCUGGACGACGCGGCUGUGAGGGACUCUGCCUCACCCAUCCUUGCUCCCGGCUUUGCUCUGCGCACUGAGAGUGAACAUUCAGGUACACUGGCUUAUAGGGUGGUGCAGUUUACUCCUGAUGGAGGGGUGGAUGGCCUUCCUCAGGGCACUGUGCCAGGCACGGUCACCAGCCUCCUGGCCAGCCCCCAGGCCAACGGCUCACCCGCUGAAUCACCAGAAACCAGACUGGCACUUAUAACACAAGGCGACGUCUCUAGUGAUGGUCAAUUUUAUGUGAUAAGUGAUGUCCUCACCACCACCACCCCGAGGAAUCUUGCCCCGCGGGCCUCUGAGAGCGUUAUAAGCCCUCGGCUAACUGGGUCCACGAGGGAGGAGAAGCGGAGGGUCACGCACAAUGAGGUAGAGCGGAGACGGAGGGACAAGAUAAACACCUGGAUCUACCGCCUUGCCAAGAUCAUCCCCGACUGUCCCGAGGCUCACACCAAGAAUUCACAGAGUAAAGGCGGGAUCCUUGCCAAGGCGUGCGACUACAUCACUGAACUCAGAAACCACAACGAUCAGCUCACAGAGAGGAUAAAGGAAACACAGCGGCGGGAGAUGGACUAUAAUCUCUUGAAGCAGGAGCUGGAAGUGCUUAAAAACGAGAAUGCUGCUUUGAAAAAUGAGAAUGCCUUGGUGCGUGCCCAGCUACAGCAGCAAGGGCUCCUCGGGGACCUGCCACCAUAAUUGUUGGCCGCUGAUGACGCUGCCUCUGGCCCUUCAUCCACCAUGUGUAAGAUACAUACUUCAUUGAUAUGAUAAUUAGUUACCCUCAGUUGGUGUUCUCUGUUGAUGGUGAUAUUCACACACUAUUGGAGGAGCUCAGACCACCACUGCUCCUGCUGGCCCGUGGCUGGCCCCGGGUGACGGUGCCGGGGGCAGCCGCGGCGCCUGGGCGGUGGGAAUGCCAGCGCUGUUUGUCGUACUGAAAAUACAACUUACCAGAUUAAGAGAGUGCGUACCAUAGGUUCCAAGUUAAUGCUAGGGAGUUAUGAGGGAAUUUUACCAUUAAUCUAGAACAAGUUACAAACUUUUAAUCAUGUUGUUAUAUGACUUAUGUUGGCUGUAAAUGUAGCUUCAUCUUGUGUGAUUUAGAAAUAUUAUGAUGUACUGUAUUGUUGUUAUUGUUAUGAGUUAUUUUCUUUUAAUGAUUUCUCUUACUUGAGCUUUGUAAAUCCUCAGGUGAUGUUUUCACCUGAAGCAGGUUAUUCUGUCCACUUAUUGGUUUACAUAUUUACACCAAACUUGCCUGUCAAACUUCCAUGAUUACAAUCACAGGCACCAGACCAUUAUUUUUGUAAUGAAUAGCUUCCCCAUUAUAAUUACAAGGAAUUAGUUGUUAAAUAACAUAAAGCUGCAUCAUGAGCUGGCUGUUGGCUGCCUGGCCAGGGUGCCUGGAGGCCCCUGGCUGACCCACGCAGGGACAGGAAGAACAGACUCACCAAAGGACUAAUACCACACAGCAUUGUCUUGCAUACUGCACUAAGUACAAGCUCACUAAAGAGGUCUCCCAACUAGCAUUGGUUAGAAUUAACUGAAUAUUAACAAUGGAACUUUAGCAACUUACUGUAGUGUACUAUAAAUAUCAGGUAACUUACAAAGACAAAAUAAUUGUAAGCUGUUCACACUCGGUAUGAAUUAACUAUUACAUGUAGAUUACUUUACUUCCAUAAUUAGGAAUUUAAUGGCCAUUAAUUAGCUACAUUAUCAGAGUUUAUCCAAUGCCACACCUUCACCUGAAACAGUGUUUGGGUUGGAAGCAAAUUGUCAGUUAAUGAAGACAUAGAGAGGGAAGAACAGUCUGUGCUCAAAGUGGUGCUUGAGAGGAAAACUGAAAACAUCAUCUGCUUCUAAGGCUCAGUGUGUCUACUUGGCUGCUUCCCCUGUGAGGGUAAGCUACCUACUCUUACUUGGCAGAGAUUGCUGCCCAUUUAAAAAAGAAAGUCAUCGGUUAACUUGAUAGAUAAGCCCCGCCACCUCCUCCUUCCUGCAAACACACAAGAAUGGAAGCUUUUAAAGUUGAAUGCAUUUAAUUAAUGGUGGUGACCUGUAAGGUGUCCGGGCUCAUUCAUUGAGCUAAGAUGACUCUAAUAGCCAUUGUCAGCCUGUCCAGCACUCAGCACCCACUCUUCCCUCUCAGCACAGAGCAGAGAAGCUGGAGUGUAGCCACGACCGCUGCACACCCCAGGUAUAGGAGUUAAAUUUGUCAACCUUACUUUAUUUUGAUUGUUUUUAUUACAUAUAAGAAUUUGACAAGUGAAUGCCAUACUGUAUAUUAAAUGGGAAACUGAA